CGGUGAAGCGGCUUAGGUAAACAUAAGAAGGGGUUUAGUCACUUGUCGCAGAGGACUUAUAUUGAUAUUGCUUGAUAAACGGCAGAUCAGGAAGUUACGAAGACCGGCAUAAGAAGAAUUCGUACCGAUGUACAAGGGCAGGUCAGGCUCUUUAGUAGCGAUUUAAGAAGGGACAACGACUAUUACACGAGAGAAGAAGCGGUCCACUAAACUGCGGAGCCGUGACAGAUAAGCACUUAACCUGAAAGUACAAUGAAGGAACUUGCUUUUUGUGCCCUACUUCUUACAGUAGCAGUAAAUGGGCAAACCACAGUCGAUGUUACCCAGCCUUCGAGCGGAACAAACAAUGCGACUUCAAACCUCUUACUGUCCACGACAGUGGGGUCCACCGUGACUCCACAGAACGCCGCUGGUAAAGGGGAGGAAGAGCUGGAGAAAGAGUACCCUCCAUACGAUGGCUGGUAUAAUAACUGGGCUCACCCAGACUGGGGCGGUGCAGAUAUGCCCAUGGUCCGUAGAGUACCCUCUGCCUAUAAUGAUGGCACAUACGAGCCUUCAGGUUUUGACAGACCCAAUCCCAUUGAAAUUGCCACUGCUACCAUGAAUGGAGACACAGGCUAUGCUUCUUAUGCAAACAGGACGGCAUUUCUUGUAUUCUUUGGUCAACAGGUGGUUGAAGAAAUCCUGGACGCCCAGAGAGGAGGCUGCCCGGUAGAAUAUUUCAACAUCCCCAUACCUAAAAAUGACAGUCGUUAUAACAUCAACCAGGAAGAUGGUCUAUACAUCCCAUUUGUGAGGUCAAGGUAUGACCAGGGGACCACUGGCUACUCACCCAAUAACCCCAGACAACAGCUGAAUGAGAUCACACCGUGGAUGGAUGGAGGACUCAUGUAUGGAGUGGGAAAAGCCUGGGCAGAUGCACUACGUUCUUUUUGUGGUGGACGCUUGGCAUCUACCAAUGAGACAUGUGACAAAUAUAAACUGGGCGGCAAUAAGGCAGUGACUAUAACAUCUAAUGAGGAGGAGGGCACCAACUACAGCACUGAAUAUCCUGCCUUUAAUGAUGUCCGUCUGCCUAUGGCUAACCCACCACCUCCAAGAGACCAUUACAUUAAAGAGGUCAAACGUUUUUUCAAGCUUGGAAACCCCCGAGGAAAUGAGAAUCCAUUUCUGCUGACAUUUGGUGUUUUGUGGUUCAGAUACCACAACUGGUGGGCCAGAAAACUUGAGCAAGAACAUUCCAGUUGGAGCGAUGAAAAACUCUUCAAUGAAGCCAGAAUUAGGACUAUAGCAACACAUCAAAAAAUUGUUGCUUAUGAUUGGCUUCCAUCUUGGAUAGGAGAAGAUGAAAAUGGAACCACCUAUGGUCUCCCAGACUAUAAAGGUUACAACCCCAAUGUCAACCCCCAGAUUGCCCACAUUUUCCAGUCUGCUGCAAUGAGAUAUGGUCAUACACUGGUGCCACCUGGUGUCUACCGAAGGAAUCAAAAUUGUAAUUUCCGCAAUACCUCCAUACUGACAGGCACUGCCCACAAGGCUGCUCUGAGAACUUGUAACACCUACUGGAACCCACAGGAAGCAGUAUUGGAAAGUGGUGUAGAAGAACUGAUGAUGGGCAUGGCCUCACAGAUAACAGAGAGAGAAGAUAAUAUUAUCACACCUGAUCUCAGAGGGUUUGUGUUUGGCACCCUUGAUUUCUCACGCCGUGACCUGAUGGCUGUCAACAUUCAGCGUGGCCGUGAUCAUGGUCUGCCAGAUUACAACACUGCUCGCAAGUUCCUGCAACUUAAACCAAGAGAGAAAUGGGAAGACAUUAACCAAGAUUUAUGUCAAGGAGACAUCAACAGUGAAGGUUGCAGUGCCAUUAGAAGACUGCGUGAUGUUUACAAGAACAACAUCAACAAUUUGGAUAUUUGGGCUGCAGGGCUACUGGAGACAACUCCACGGGGUCCGGGAGAACUCUUCCGAACUGUCAUCCUGGACCAAUUCCAGCGAAUCAGAGAUGGAGACAGAUUCUGGUUUGAAAAUUAUGAAUACAAUGGACUUUUCACUAAGGAGGAAGUAGAAGACAUCUGGAACACAGGAAUAUAUGAUGUAGUUAUAAGAACCACUGGUCUUCCCCAUAAUGCAAUCCAGAAGGAUCCAUUCCGUUUCAACCCUAAUGACCACCGAUGCAAGCAGCCUGCACAGAUUAAUGGUAGUGUUGAGAGCAUAGUAGAAGAAUGUACUCCAAUGGAGACGUAUGAUUACUUCACUGGAAGUGAUGUCCCCUUCGUUUUGACCUUCUUAGCAGCAGGGGUAUGGCUCCUGGGCUGCAUUGGUUUGUUGUAUCUCCUGGCAAAGAUACAUAUUCGGAAAACUUCAUCUAUAAAGGCCUUAUCUAGGCAGAGGUCCCGUAAAUCAUCUGAAAGCAGCAUUAUUACAGCUCAAGAGUGGGUGGGUAAGAAGGAGGGUAACAGAAAUAUAAAAAUCAAAUUUGACAGCAAUAAAAAGGCAGUGCAGGUCAACAGUGAAAGGAAUCGCCCUCUGAGAACUGUAGAUCUGUCCCAUGCACAGGAUGUGACAUUUCAGAUUUCCACAGACAAACAAAUGAAGGUGAUGCUGCUCAGAGUUGAUAAGGAAUAUGACUUGGUGCUGAGAUUUGAUAGUAUGGUCGAGCGUGGUGAUUUUAUCGACAAACUAGAGCGUUUCUUAGGAGAUACUGGUCUUGGAAGAAAUGUUCAGACAAUUCAGGAAGCACACAUCUUGGAAGGAGCUGUCACCAAGGCGAAGCGUCAGAGUCUUCUUGAGAAGUUUUUCCGUGUCACCUUUGCCCAUGCAUUUGACAUCAAAAAUGAACAUGUUGACCCCAAAACACUUGAUGCCAAUGAAGCUAAGGAUAUUGUCAACUGUGAACUGACCAAGAUAGAAUUUGCUGAAGCUCUGUCCAUGAAGCCCAGCUCUGUGUUUGUAGAGAAUAUGUUUAAACUAGUGGAUAAAGAUAUGAAUGGAUACAUUUCUUUCCGAGAGUUUUUGGAUAUGAUUGUCAUUUUUUCUAAAGGCUCAGCUGAAGAUCGUAUGAAGUUGCUGUUUGACAUGUAUGAUAUUACCUCUGCUGGAUGUCUUACUAAGAAGGAGUUCAAUGUCAUGAUCAAGUCUUUGAUGGAAUUGGCCAACACUUCAGUGGAGGAAAGCCAGAUCAACCAAGUAGUUGACAACAUGAUGAAGUCUGCUGGUUUGGCUGAUAAAUCCCAAAUCACAUUUGAGGAUUUCCAGCGGCUCCUGAGAGGCCAUGAGGACAUACUGCAGUAUGCACAGCUGAACUGGCAAGCGACUGGUGUUGAUGUGCCACAGCAGAAACCAACAGGUGCACGCAAUACUGUAUUACGUGAAAAUGCACCAACUAGAGCACGCAAGACUAUUGUCAGAGCAUUUAGUGUUGAGAAUGAUGGCUCCAGGUCCAAACGGAUGUCUUCUACCCCAGGAUUCAAGGUGGAGACAACCAAGCAGAAGGCACCAAAAACUAAGACACAAAAAAGAUACACAGCAGUUCUUCGAUAUUUUGAGAAUUACCGCUUUCACAUUUUCUGGAGUGUACUAUAUUCCUUGGUCUGCAUUGGAAUCUUUGUUGAAAGAGCUUACUACUACUCUAUUGAGAGAGAACAUGCAGGUCUUCGUAGGAUUGCAGGCUUUGGUGUCACUGUUACACGUGGUGCUGCUAGUGGAAUGAUGUUUACCUUUGCAUGUCUACUUGUGACAAUGUGUCGCAAUCUCAUCACAUUCCUCAGAGAAACAGUUGCACAUAGGUUUAUCCCAUUUGAUUCUGCCAUUACAUUCCACAAGUUUAUUGCAGCAUGGGCCCUUUUCUUUACAGCAAUGCAUAUUAUUGGUCAUGGUAUCAACUUUUACCACAUUUCUACUCAGUUGCCUGGGGACGUCACUUGCUACUUUAGGGACUUUUUCAGGGCAACCCAUCAACUGCCCACAUUCACCUACUGGUGUUGGAAUACCAUCACAGGCUUUACUGGUGUCCUGCUUACGUUACUGGUCAUCUUGAUGUAUGUGUUUGCCACCCAGUACUCCAGACGCCAUUGCUUCCAAGCUUUUUGGAUUACGCACAACAUGUUUUAUCUUUUGUACAUAUUGAUGGUGAUGCAUGGUGCAGGUCGUCUGGUCCAGCCAGGCUUCACCCAUUAUUUCAUUCUGGGUCCCUUGAUCUUGUUUGCCCUGGACAAGUUAGUCAGUGUGAGCAGAAACAAGGUGGAAAUUGCUGUGCUCAAGGCUGAGGCACUGCCAUCAGACAUUACCUUCCUGGAGUUCAAGAAACCAACCAGUUUUGAGUACAAGUCAGGCCAGUGGGUACGCAUUGCUUGUAUUACAAUGGGGGAGAACGAAUAUCAUCCAUUUACAUUAACAUCUGCUCCACAUGAAGACACACUGUCUCUACACAUCAGAGCAGUGGGGCCCUGGACCAUGAAUUUGAGACACACAUAUGACCCAUCUGUACUGAAGGAACAUGCUUUUCCAAAGUUAUACCUUGAUGGUCCAUUUGGAGAGGGUCACCAGGACUGGUACAAAUUUGAUGUCUCUGUUCUGGUGGGGGGUGGUAUUGGUGUCACACCAUUUGCCUCCAUCUUGAAGGACCUUGUCCAUCGCUCUGCCAUUGGAGCUAAAUUUACAUGCAAAAAGAUUUAUUUCUUGUGGGUGACAAGGACACAGAAGCACUUUGAGUGGUUAACAGACAUCAUCCGUGAAGUUGAAGAAAAGGACAGAAAUGGGCUAGUGUCUGUGCAUAUUUUCAUUACACAGUUUUUCCACAAAUUUGACUUAAGGACAACCAUGCUGUACAUCUGUGAGAGGCAUUUUCAAAAGAUCUCAGAACGCAGUUUAUUUACUGGUCUGAGGUCAAUCACACAUUUUGGACGACCACAGUUUGAGAACUUUCUCGACUCACUGCAAGAAGAGCACCCAGAUGUUGGAAAAAUUGGUGUGUUUAGUUGCGGUCCUCCUGCAAUGACGAGAAAUGUGGAAACUGCUUGCACUAAUCUCAACAAGUAUGAUGGCGCAGCUUUCAUCCACCAUUAUGAGAACUUUUAGAUGCAGCUCUUCCAUACCAACAGAAAAUAUUUGUUGAAUAGACUUUCAUACUGUAUGCUCAUUUCCGCAGAAUGAUUGAGCAGGUUUCAUUUUAUGUAACUAUACUUUUCAAAUGUGAAACUUUGCAUAAAAACUAGCAUGAUUGAAGUGAACUUCACAUUUAUAUUUUGUAUGCAUUUCAUCAUGUGGAUCCAAAGUUAUCCAUUCACUUAUUGGUUUUGCUUAAAGACAUAAUAUAGAAAAUUGCCAAUACCAUUUUAUACAGCGGUGCUUUUGAUGCCAAUGAUAAGGUAUUUAAGACCAAAUAUUAUGGUUGGAGUGAAAAGGCUACAUGCAAUAUUAUUUUCAUAAAUAGUUUUCUUGAAGCCAGUUUGAAUGUAGAGAAGUGAGGUCAUUGAAGGGCUUUAAUAUCAUGGUGCAGAAUACAGAUCAAUAGUAAUAGGGAGGCCUUGAUAAGUGAGUAUAUAGAAUUGUAAAGAUGAAUGGUAAAAUAUUUUAGUAUGUUUCUGGUUUCUCAGAAUGUAAGGAAACUGUCGAAUUUAAUUGUUGAAUUAAAAAUCUCAUCUUCCAAAAGGUCAUAUUAUCUUUUUUUGCUAUAUGCAGAAUGCAAUCUUUCUUGCUAUACAGUAGAGUUUUGUCAAUAUUAUUAUCAACUUGAGAAAGUGUUAUCUUAACUACCAGUACAAGUAGACAUGUCAGAUUGUAGAGUAUCAGCAUGUUAAUUCAAUUUCACCUUAAAGUCGGAUAGGAUACUACCCAGUACAUUAAUAACAACAUCACACAUCAUUAAUCACCAUUUGUCAUUGUAACAUACAAUUAGGCUGCAGCUUUGUUAUUAUGCCAAAUAUGGCUUUGUUAUUAUGCAAUUGUGAUUUCUUUGUAUUAUUUCAGUUCCCAUAAGAAGUCUUGCAAGUUUUUUAUGAGAAAUUGUGAUCAAAACGGGCUGACAGAAAAGCCAACUUGCA